CGCGUGAUCGAAUGACUUGAAUCACGACAUAAAAUGAUAAACCAGUCUCCGUGAUUAAUGCGUUUAUCAAUCGCUGAAUACAAAUUUAUUUGUUAUAUAAUGCAAAAAAUCGGCAUAACCUUUGUGCGAACGUAAAACUAUAAUUAUUUGUUAUGUAUAUAUCAUUUAUAUUAAUCGAUAUCGCCUCACAUUGAAACGUGAUUCUCUUCUCAGUUAAAUAAUACUAUCGCAGUACUAUGAAGUUACACGAUGGAGUUAUCCGAAUCGCAAAAUCUCGUUAAAGAUUUAGAUUUAACUCUUCAACCAAGGAUUGCCCCACGGUAUAAAACCUGGCUUCAUCUUGCCACACAACAGUUACGACUCAGAAGUUUAAUACAAAUAAUAGGCCAUAAUCUAAAAGCCAAUAUAAAUGGAGAAAUAUGUUGGUUUUAUUAUACAUUACAUAGAUCAAGUAUGUCGUCUCCGUUAUAUACGAGUGAACCAAUUGACAAUGCUAAUCCAAGAUGGUCUAGUCUCGAAGUACCAAUCCUGUAUGCCACAGGUUAUUCAACAGCCAGUGAGAUUAUCUUAAGAGUCUGGAAACGCUCAAUACCAUAUGAUAGAACAGCUGAUGUAACUCUCUUCACAUGGGGAAUAUCAUUUACAGGAUUGGCAUAUAUUGGUCCUAAGCUCCCAAUUAAUUUAGAAACCAUUUUAAAAGAAAAUUCUUUAAUAUUCCAUUUUAAUGGUGGAUAUUUUACUCCUCCAUACUGUUUUAUGAUAGCCCCAGAUUUGAAGCGUUAUCUUUAUAUGUCUAUAAGUACAUCUGAAGUCAAGAAUAGUUAUACAGUAAAUAAGCUUAGCAGUUUAAGGAGCAAAAUGCAGGCACUAAAGCAACAAACGGAAUCUGUACAAUCACUCAGAAUACGUAUUGCUUCGGGUGAUGAUUUUCACAUUCCAAAGUACCCACAGUCAACUUUGAAUAGACUAUUGCAACCACGAAGAAUCAAUAGGGAAAAAAAGUUGGAAAUUAUAAGAAUACGUAAAGAGCUAGAAAUAGCUAAAUUUAGAACAAAAUUGCUGGAGCAAGAAAGAGCGCGAAAAAUGGGAGAAAUUCGUGUACUGAACCAAUUACAUACCAAUAUUCUAGAAGAAAAUCAAGAUCAUGGCUCCGAUUUAAUGGAAAGGUAUAGACAACUAAAUAAAGACAUAGAAAGAUUGAAUGAAUGGCGACAAAAUCAUAUUGAUACAAGGGAAACAUAUUUGCAAAUGAGUAAUCAACUUGCACAGAGACGACGACAAUUAAUCUCAGAAUUAUAUUUGAUAUAUCCAAUUAAACAGGAUAGUGCCGGAAAAUUUAGAAUAAAUGAUGUUUAUUUGCCAGAUAGUGAAGAAUUAGAAUUGUCGAAUGACACACAAGUAGCUGUGGCAUUAGGUUUCGUUGCACAUACAACACAAAUGAUUGCAAAUUUUUUAAAUGUACCAACCAGAUAUCCCAUUAUACAUUACGGCUCACGCAGUAAAGUUAUAGAUCAUAUCACAGAUAGUUUACCUGAUAAUGACAGACAAUUUCCAUUGUUUGCUCGAAGCAAAGAUAAACUGCAAUUUCAUUAUGCUGUGUACCUAUUAAACAAAAACAUAGCACAACUUCGAUGGUAUUGCGGCCUUCCAACCAUUGAUUUAAGAGCAACAUUGCCAAAUCUCGCUACGCUAAUUAAUAUUAAGCCCAAUCAGACACAUCUCGACGAUUCAAAACGAACAUUUUCUACCUCAUCUUUGGAUACUGAAGGUGGUAAUGGUAAACAGAAUUCAUCUCUCACAUCAUCACUGCAAAAAAUUAUUUUUGAAAAAUGCCAUCGUUCUUCUCGGUCAAUGAGUCAAUUAAAGAAUAUAAAAUCAUCUCUUGGAUCUUCUUUGGAUCAAGGUUUAGACAAACCUAUGCAAUCACUUGUGCUGGGUAGACAAUCAAAGCGAAUUUGUAAAUCAGAAGAGAGUGCUAUCGACAAUAAGACUUUGAUGCUGGUUAAAGAUAGAUCAAGUAAUAGUAGUAACGAAACAUUAAACAGUGCCAUUCUGAACAAUAUUGAUAACAUAACUCUUAAGGAUAAAGAUGAUUUCGAAAUUAGUGAUAAGAUCGUUAUUGAAAGCAACAUCGAGAUUAUGAUACCUGUAUCAGUUUCUAAAGUGAGGAAUGUCGCGGAUAGCUUGGAAAGUUCCGUGAAUGCUCGAGACAGAAGCUCUAAUUCUAUAAGUAGCUGCGAAAUGGCUCUUGGUAAUAGCCAGAACGAUGUAGAUGAGAGUUCAAACGGUAACCAUGUUAGAAGAGAAAAAGUCGACGAUAAUUUAUUUUCAAUCGAUGAAAGUUUGAGAAAUAUCAAGGAUGUGAUAGACAGCGCGCUAAGAAAUGGUGAACACAAUAAAGAACAUAAUUCCAAAGACAAUGUUUCGCAAAAUUACAACAUAAAUAAUGUAAUUAUCAGUGAACAAAAUAACAAAAAUGUUUACGAACGAGAUCCAUUUAUGGAAACCAUCUAUAAUAGAGAACGUUUUGCUAAAUCGUGCUCAUCUUUGGAUGAUGCAUGCACUUUCGAAGAAUCCAAACAAAAACAAAGAACAAAUUCCAUUUGCAGUUAUACAGAAAAAUAUACAAAAAAUACGAUUUCAUUACGACAGAAAUAUAGUUCUGAAUCUAGAGAGAAUAAAUCAGAUUAUCUUCAACAUGCUGAGAAUUGGUCUCAAGAUAUUGUAAGAAACAAACCAAAGGUUGAUCCGAAAUUAAUUGUAAGUACAUCACAAUCAGACUGCUGUUCAUAUGAUGAAGCAAAAAUGCAAUGUGACAUUCAGGCAUCGAGUGAAUAUAUAGAUAUCAUUAGACGCAGCUCAGAAAACGUGUGCGCGCGUACUGAAGCUUUAGCUAAUAAGACAACUAGUUUCAAAGUUAUGAAACCACGAUUUUAAUAUCUGCCUAUAUCAUAAGCUCUGUCUGAUAUGUACAAGUAUCAAAAUUUUCGAGCAUGUUCAGUUUAU